GAGUUUAAUUUAUUAAAAUAUGAAGGAAUUAAACGCCCAUACCUGCUUCGUCCCAACUCCCGCACCACGGUGCCUUCGUCUUUCUGGCUGAUUCCUGGGCUAACUGUUUUUUUCUCCAGAAUUCUCUAGUUGUAUCCAUCUUCUGCAAAAGUUAGUGUCGUGAUACAAUGGCCAUGAGAACUCCACCAGUGACAGGCUUUCGCCUCCCUUCACCAAACCCUUCUUCUGCAACUACUCCACCGCCUAUCCUUAGGUUACUACCUCUUAAAUCAUCAUUUUUCGGAAAUCCAGCUGGAGCACCAAAACUUAAUGAGUUAGAGUUACGAUUAGCAUAUUCAAGUACAUUAAGAUGCAAUGGUCAUGGUGGGGGUGCUCUUGGUUCUAGCAUGAACCUCUUUGAACGAUUUGCAAGAGUUAUCAAAUCAUAUGCAAAUGCAAUUAUGAGCUCCUUUGAAGAUCCAGAGAAGAUUUUAGAGCAAAGUGUUCUAGAAAUGAAUAAUGAUUUGACAAAGAUGCGUCAAGCCACUGCUCAGGUUUUGGCGUCGCAAAAGCAACUGGAAAAUAAAUAUAAAGCUGCACAACAAGCUUCUGAAAACUGGUAUAGAAGGGCACAACUUGCUCUUGGGAAAGGAGAGGAGGAUCUUGCUCGCGAAGCACUUAAGCGAAGAAAGUCUUUUGCUGAUAGUGCCAAUGCUCUAAAAGCUCAGCUUGACCAGCAGAAGAUUGUGUAGACAAUCUAGUUUCCAAUACACGGGUUGAGUAAUGUCUUUUUCUUUUGAUAGGAAAAACUAUUAUUAGAGACAGAAUCAAUCA